AGAAACACACAUCGUUGUGUGUUUCUUAUAUCGACUAGAAUGUUUCGAGUUUGAGGAAAAGUUUUAAUAGAUAAACAUCUACUUUUUCGACCUUAAUCAUGAGUAAAUCGCAGCAAUCACGAACUUUAGAAGAUAAACAAUACGAUCACAAAAUUGGUUUCGACGAAGCUUCGAAAUAUAUGCUAGGAAGGAAAGCCAGAAUGGUUACGUUUUAUAAAAACGGAGAUACUUGGUCCAGCGGAUCGAAAAUUUCCAUACAACCAGGUAAAGAUUUCAAGAAUCUGAGUAAUUUAUGCGAUUAUCUUACGCAGAAAACUAACCUGCCACAAGGGGUUAGAUAUAUUUACACCAUGGACGGGAAGAGGAUAAAGGAUCUGAAAGAACUAGAAGACGGCAAGUCUUACGUGGUAUCGAGUACCAAACAUUUUCAAAAUUUGCCAUACGGACAAGAGAAACGACUUAAAACUGCCGCUCCCGUGAAAAAUUUCGCUCCAAUAGGAUAUCGCGAAGACGAUUUGAAAUUGUUAAGACCCGUUAAACCGGAAGAUAAGAUUCAUUCGCGUGGUACCCCGUAUCGAGGAUCGGGUUCACAUUCUCUACCGGGAGAACAAGACAGUAGGAUCAUUCGAAUCAUCAACAAUAACGAACAAGGCGUUCAAAGUAGGAUUCUGCUUAAUUUACGAACAGUUCAACCAUUCGAAAAAGUGGUCGAGGAUCUCGGAGAAACCGUUAAACUUAAACACGCUUCGAGAAUGUUAACGUCUUGGCAACAAGAGGUAAGAAGUUUUUCUCAGUUAAAACACGAACUGAAAGAUGAAGAUACUUUUUACUUGGACAAUGGCAAAUCAGGUAUUGAUCGGAAUCAUUCAAAUUCUGUCAAUAAACACAGAAAACGACGAAGUAACAGUGCUCCAAGAGAUAUCGAUUGGAGAAAUGGCGGUGGAUCAUCUAAUAACUACAAUUAUGACUAUUCUAGAAGAGAUUAUAAAUAGCAUUUUGAAUUUAACACGAUAGGUAUUCUAUGGAGAUUUUUAAUCCAAACACCAGUGUGUCGCAUUUUUAACGAAGGAGAUGAUGAUAUCUCUCCGGAGUCAUCCUACAUUUUCGAGUCUUCCCUUCGCCAUGAGUGAGAUAUCAUAUUCUACCAUCUCUUACGAUUUCCAGUCGAAGGCCUGCAUUUUUCUAUGCUUUAUCUUAAACUGAUGUUCAUCAUAAAAGAGUCCUCAUAUGUUAAUAACGCUUUGUUCGA